CCGCUCACACUACUCUACGUACUUUCCCGCGCGGCUCGCCCACACCGGCUGUUUGUGCUUGCAUGCGCGUCGCUGACUAGCGCAUGAUGGGGGUGGGUAAAACGGCUCGUCGUCGAGGCUGCAGUUGCCGUGUUGACGCAGGCGCGAGGUCUGGAUGCGCGGAUUGGUGGGGCGACGGGCUCGGCGGCGGCGGCGGCGGCGGCGGCGGCCACGGCCGACUGCCUGCCGGGCGCGCGCGGCGAGAUUGGCGAUGAUGGUGGUGCCUCUAGAGUUCCCUGGGUUUGUCUCUCAGCUUUUUCCUUCGCUCCUUGGUCUGACGUCUUGUGCCGUGUGGCUGUUGUUGAACGAUUUUUUUUUUUUUUUCUCCUCCGCCCCUCCUUGGCCGCGGUCGCUAACUAGUUGUCGGUACUGUCCGUCCGCUUGUUGUCUCUCUCUCUCUCUCUCUCUUUGCUCCGCAUAUCGUCUGCCGUGCUUCGCUUUUACCCGAGCCCCGGGCUGGAGUCGACCAGGUAGGGCGUUUUCAUGGCGGUCUGCGUGGGCGCCGCGCCCUGAUUGGUGCUGGGGGCCGCGGCGAUCUGGAGGGCGUGCGCUGGCGACGUCGCGUGGACGUCACACCUCCUCGUCCCCUCUGCGGAGGAUCUGGUGAUGAUGACGCUGUGCGAGAUGGGCGCGGUGGAGCGAGAUGGGACCGCGCCGCCAGGGGUGGGUGCUGCGAGCGAUGGAUGGAGGGCCAUGGAGCCAGAAUGCCUCGUUCGAUAAUUUGCGCACCUCUUGCGGU